AUGAAAUUAGAUCCUUUUUCUCCAUGGUCAACACUUGUUUGCGCUAGAUUGAAUACAGUGCACACGAGACACAUUUCUUUGUCCGAUUCUAAUGAAUCUGAAUCGAUUGUGGAAAUACAAUUCAAAUCCAAUGGCACAUUUGAUGUUAAAGUAAAUCAAAGUGGAGAAACUUUAUCUAUAUUUACAGGAGUAAUGGCUAAAUGGAAUGAAGCUCAAAAACAAAUAAUUCUUGAUAUUGAUGAUCGAAAAUUAUGUAGUCGCGUUAUUUUAGACAAGAAUCAGGUGGUCAUUUUUGGCGAGCACGGAAGAGCAGUGCUACAAAUUCCAACGCCAGCUUAUUUAAGUGCAGUAACCUCAGACGUUGUAGGCUCUAUUAAAACUCCGAUGCCUUGUAAAAUAUCUCAGAUAUUUGUAACAGUUGGUCAAGUAGUCGAAAAAGGAGCACCGCUUAUAGUUUUGGAGGCAAUGAAAAUGGAGCACCUUAUUAAAUCACCAUUUCCUGGUAAAAUUGAAAAAAUAUUCUAUAAAGUUGGAGAUCUUGUUGAAGAAAACAAAAACCUUGUAGCUUUUGCAGAAUAA